AUGAUGAAACAAAUGAACAAUACGCUUUCUGCCGUCCUCUCGAAUGCACUGUGUACGUUGCCUAUGUUGGUUCAUCGACAACACCCUGCCGAGACGAAGCAGCCAUUACCUGUGCGGAUUCCGCCUCUCCCUGUAGAGAUAUUCAGUGUAUGGUACAAGUCGUUUUGCACGGAGAACAACAUUGUGCAUAUUCCUGCGCUCAUGUCGCACGAUGGUCAUCAGAUUGACCUGUACGCGCUCCAUGUCGCGGUAGUAAACGCGGGUUUCUAUAACCGGGUGGCUCAGAAUGACCAGUGGCCCGUGAUAGGUGCCAAGCUGGGCUUCGUACAAUUUCCUGCAAGUAACAGUGAGCCUGCCAAGUCUGGCCCUGGUGUGGCGCAACAUGUGGAGGACGUAUACGAGCAAUAUCUCAGCAACAAAUGCAGGCCGUGGCGCAAGCACGCAUGCGCCAGACGCUCAUUCCUGUACAAGGACACAAAUGGAGCCCCGAAUUUGGCUGGCGCGUUGGACCCCCAGCAGUUCAACGAAAUUCUGCAGUACGCCACGGUACCGACUCCAGAACUGCGAAGGCGGAACGUCCCCGCUCGCAUUAUCAACUUGGUGGAAGCAAAUCGUCCACUCUUACGGUCCUUGUCGCAGCGCGAGUUAGGCGGUGGGGUCGCUGACAAUGCUCAGCCUACUCCGCAGCAGCACCCGAUGCCCUCGCUAUAUAUGAAGCAGCAAGGUCCUGUUGUGAAUCCCGUGAUGGCCAUGCGGAGCGGACAGUCUCAGAUUCAACAGGACUCAUCUGAAUCUGCAGGCCCAGCGAUGACUGUCGCCUCGGUGGCAGCUACAGUACCAUUCCGGCAUCGUACGCAGCCUGUCACGGAAGAGGAGUUGCAGAAUAACUUGCGCUUGAUCAAUUCGGCCAAGUCGCAAUUUAUAAGUUUCGUGCUCGAGAGGACCCCUUAUCAUAUACCUGACGAUCAGAAGGCCCAAUUCAAUGCGACGUUGGAGGAAUUGUGUCGCUGUGCAAUCGAGACGGAACCCAUGCUGCAUAUUUAUCUUUGUUACAUCGAUAAGAAGGCCGUCCAGAGGUUGACCAUGAUGAUUGCGAUUGCUCAGCAGCAGAGGAAACUUUUCGCUUCGUCGCAGUGUGUAAAGCGCUUCCAGCACAUGCGAGAAAUGAUCAUUCAGAUGCAAGGCACGAGUGAGGCUUAUGCGAAAUAUACACCAUUAUCGGCAUCCAGCACCUCUCCUUCCCAUUCGGCUGCGCCAUCAACCGACCUUGGUGUUGCACCUCCUCCAUCAUUUUCUCUGCCUUCCUCGCAUACUAUGACCGUUCCCCCCCAAUCGCCGCAGCAGGGUCUACAAUCUCAUCCGCCUUUCCCAAUGCCAAUAUAA